AUGGCCUGGCCGGGGAUUGAUCGCGUGAUCAUGCCCAACGGGCGAAUCAUCACCGAGGACGAUGACGACGAACUCUUUGGCUUCGACUUCAACUCUCACGUCCCUAGGGGUGUCAGCGUCAACCAGGUUGCGUACAGCCGAUACGGCCGUCUUGGGAAAGCUGCUGCGAGCGGAUCUCGGGGACCUUCAGCCCCCAUCCGCUUGCGGCCUACUUGGGUCGAAGACCUGGACGAAGAUGAGGAUGAAGACGAGGACUACGAUGAUUUGCCGCCCCUAGUGGACGGUACGCCGCACAGGGAGUCCAAGCAUCUCUUCAUCGGCGCUUCUUGGCCCUCGAAUGCCUUUACGAUCAAGUCUGCCGACCCCGAGGCUCCGAAACAGGCCGCCCCGAGCGUUCUCAAGCCGACGGCAUCCCACCCUCUUUGCGAGAGAAUGCAGUUCUCCGGCACCCUGUUCCCCACAAAGUUCGGCCAGCGUAAGAAGAAGACGCCCCUGUCGCCCGAGGAGCUCUUCCCGCCCGGUCGCUGCAUGAAGCUCACGCCUCCGGUCCUCCACUUCAUCAACCGCUACGACACCUCCGAGGCCAUCAUCUACACCGACGGCGCCUGCUUCGGUAACGGCAACGCCGCGGCGCGCGGAGGCUCCGCCUUCAUCUUCAAGCCGGUGUACGCAAACGACCAGAGCGGCCGCGUGGCCUUCAAGCUCGAGGACCAAGGGUCCGAUGGCAAGACGUACCGCCACACGAGCAACCGCGCCGAGCUGCGCGCGGCCGUCGCGGCGCUCCGGUACAGGGCCUGGGCCGGCGAAGGGUUCCGCAGCAUCGUCAUCGCCACGGGUUCGACGUACGUCGUCAACGGCGCCACGGACUGGGCGCGCGCGUGGGUCAAGAAGGGCUGGCGGCUGAGCACCAGCGAGAACGUCAAGAACAGGGACCUGUGGGAGGCUCUCUUGCUCAACGUCGAGAGGCUCUACGACCGCGGCGUCAGUGUCCGCUUCUGGUGGAUCCCGCGCAAGUUCAUCCACGAAGCUGACAGGGCCGCCAAGGGCGCGGCGUACAUCCUCGCGCCAAAGAUCGGGUUUAGCGACUUGGUUGGGGUUUGUGUUUGA